AUGCGAGAAUCAGAAACGCCAACUUCUGGAACGACUAGACCCGGCGUUGACAAAUUUACAGUCACAACGUCCGAUUUAUCGAGGACAAGUGUAACGGAUAUAUCGGAAACAAUGACAGUACAUACGUUGGAAGCAGAUGCAACAGGUAUACCGGAAACAGUUACGAUAGAUUCGCCGGGAACAGUUACAAUAGAUUCGUCGGAAACAGAUACAAUAGAUUCAUCGGAAGUUACACAGUAUAGUAUAGUUAUUUAUCCAACUACCUAUACUUCGCCUGUCACUUAUAUACAGACGGCGACAACGACAGUUUCUUUGGAUAAUUCUAUGCAACUUCCGAAUGCAGACGGUACACCACAAAUAAUAAUACUAGUGGCGGUUAUAUUGGGUUCAAUAGGAUUAGUAUUCAUUCUCAGUAUAAUAACUAUAUAUUGGCUUAGAAGAGAUAGUAAAGUGGGAAAUGAAAGAGAAUUAGAAGAUGACAGUAUGCUUGGGACGGAUAGCAUGCUUGAAUCGGACAAUCAGAAUGAUGAACAAUUACCUAGUUACGCAGAGGCCAUUGUUAGAGGAAGAGCUGACAUACAAUAA